GUUGUUAUUGUUAAACAAAAAGAACGUUUUUUUUUUCUUCGUGCGAGCAAUGCAAUUUUUAAGAAAAUUGCCAAAGUGCUGUUUUUCCAGUGUGCAGUAUAACGGUAGUUAAUAGCAUUUAAUAUUAUCUUGUUACCCCUACCUACUAAGCACAAAGUUACGUGAACAACAAACGUACAAAAGAACAUAGCAACAACAACGAAAAAACGAGAAAAAGAAACUUGAGCAAGGAACACCCAUUUAUGCAUAGAAUGACAGCUGAUGCUGCAAAAACAAAAGACACACUAAAACAUUUACAAUGAAUGUGAGAAAAAGGCAAAGACUGGAACUUGCAACAGCGCCAGCAUCAACAGCAAUAGCCACAGCAACAAUGACCACAGAUACUGCAACAUUGUUGCACGGACACACCAGCGGACUUUUGCUGGCCCACAGUCAGCUGAGUGAGCUGAACAAUGGUGCACAAAUAUUUUUAACCAUAUGUGGUGAAGAGGAUGAUAAUUCCAAUGAAUCUCAAGAGUUUUAUGCCAUUGAAAGCAUUAAGCAGGAGCCAGGGAGUGAACUGGAUGCGUUGCAUGUUUUGCCCCAUAACCUGCAGUUGCCAACUGGUUGUGAGAUUUACUUGGUUAAAGAUACGACAGGAGCAGCAGCAACAACAUCUUCAAUUGGUAAUAACAUAAAGCUGGAGCCCGACUCUUCGUCAGCGCCACCCAGUUUACAUUAUGUUGGUGGCCACCGCCCACCCGCUGUUGUGCCCGCUAGCAAGAUAUCACCCAGCAGCAGUAGCAACCAUCCUAUAGCUACACCCAAGCCAGCUAUAGCACCGCCAGCUGCCGUCAAGCUGGAUGCGUAUAAGAAACGUGAUGAUAAGCGACGUGCUACACACAAUGAAGUCGAGCGUAGACGUCGCGAUAAAAUUAACUGCUGGAUUUUUAAGCUCAAGGAAAUGCUGCCUACAGAGGGUAAUCGCUAUAAGCCGACUACUACGGCAGAGCCCGUUGAGAAAGCUGAAAAGACUGGACGCACACCACCCAAUGACUCUAAAUCGCAAAUACUAAUCAAGGCCUGUGACUAUAUUAAAAGCAUGCAGAACGAGAUUGACAACUUGCGUGAAUGUCUUCGCGAGGCAGAGAGUCUGCGUCUGAGUAAUCAGACACUGCGUCUGGAAUUGGAGGCUCUGAAGCAGCAACAGGAGCUCCAAGAGCGUUUCAAUAGCAAUGGCGGUGGCUCGUUUAACGUAACGCUUAAUUCGCUGAAUAGCUCAGCUACUAGUGACCUCUUCGAUGGUAUUGAUGCGGCACCAAAUCUUUCAACGGUCUCAUCGAUUAAUUUUACCACCAAACGUGGCCUCAUAAUAUCUGACUAUGAUGAAUAAAGGCCACUUGCCAGACAUUCACAUAGCCAUAGACAUACAUAUACAAAGCUGCAUACAUAUAUAGCAAGCAUUAAAUAGCUAAUAAUAUCUAUCUAACAUGUAAUAAUGUUGUGCCACAAAAUGAUUGUUGAAGAAAUGUUUGUAGCUUCGGUGGACCGAAGAUUUUUAUUUCUUGUUAACAUUUGAUAUGAUUAUCUGUUAAACUAUUGUUAAUAACCAACCCCUCAUAACAUAAACAGAUACCAAAGCUAUUUCAUAUUUAAAGCAUACUGUGCUUGUUUUCUCGAUUUUAUUGUAAUGUUGGUCGCACUAAUUAAUUAAUGACAAGUA